CACUUCUUCGUGGACGCAGGCUUCGGCGUCUCCAGCGGCCACUGGGUCUACCAGUACAACUUCAGCGACUCACAGUACUGCAUCAACAUGGGCAUCUUCGACGACAAGGUGUCGUCCGCGCAGUGGCGGGGCUUGCCGCAGACCGGGAGCUUCGCUGGCAACCAGUCCUUCAUCGCCUUCUACACGGACAAAGACACAGCGGAGACGAAUUUCCCCGCAAAGUUUGCGCUCGACGGGAUUGACAGGCAGAUCUCGUCCUUCAUGGUCUGGCAGACCAGCAAGCACGUCGAGGGCAUC